AUGGAGGUGGGGUCGCCACACCGUGGUCCGUCUUUGGAGAGCGUUACGCGGAUCCACAUGGCUUGGCGUCGGAUCGUGCUGCCUUUGGCUUUGACAUGGACGUUGGCGGUGUCAUUUCAAGACUGGGAGCCCGUGUCAGAAGUCCGGGGUGGGUCUGGAGAGUGGCGUGUGCUGAACGACACCCAGCUCUCCGGUUAUUUCGAGGCACUAGAAUGGGAGAGCAGCGGUGAUUACAGCGACGGUGACGCAGUUGCCCAAAUCGAAGAUGCCCGAACCGACUCUGGUCCUGUUGCCAAGCGUGGAUUCGAGGUGGACUACAUGGCUAACCCUCCGGGGGGACAGGAUACGGUGGCCCAGCGGACCACUAGCGGCCUAGAGUUUUUGUGUAGCGAGACUGACUUCAAAAUUACCCUGCCAGUGGGUCCAUUAAGUGAAGUCAAAGUCUUGGGCUCAAAGACGAUCCUGCCUGUCCUGGAUGCUCCCGACUCCUGUGGUUAUGAUGUGGACGAGAUCUACAACACCUUGACUGUGCCCUUUUCUGGGUGCCAUGUCAACCAGCAGCCGGACAAAUACAUCCUGCAUCUGCUGCACGUGAGUGAGUUCGGAGAAGCGGACGUGUCUACGCUUUCCUGCGACGCCGGUCUGAAGCAGCGCGCCAGCCUGGCGUCGCCCUCCAGGCCACAGGUGCGAUCUCCCAAGUGCAACAACCCAACUCCCGCACCCAAGGCACAAAACUGCCAUUUCCCUCAUGAGCAACGCGUGCCCUGUGGAGUCGGUGGGAUAUCUUCAUCCGAGUGUGAAAAGAAGGGUUGCUGUGUAGAUCCAGCUACACAUGUCUGUUACUACCCAAUGGAUGAGUGUACUGCGGAUGAGCACUUUGUGUUUGUCAUUGGCAAAGACUCUGCGACUAUACCUGUGGACCCCACCAAACUUGUAAUACCUGCAAAGCCAAGCUGCACUCCGGUCAUUGCGAACUACCGGUUUGCGGUCUUCAAGUUCUCCGUUACAGAUUGUGGAACUCGUUCACAUGUAAUUGGCAACACAAAAAUCUACCUGGCUGAGGUGCAUACAAUUAUCCACACCCUUAGCCUCAAGUUUGGCAUCAUCACUAGAAGUGAUCCACUCAGGUUCAUGAUUGAAUGUCGCUACUCCAAAAGUGGCCAAUCUGUGGCAAGCGUAGGCUACAUGGUCAAGGGCCCUAGUUUUACCCUCCCUCCAAAGAUCAUCUCUGAUGGGCUGUUUGGAGUUGAACUGAGGAUCGCUGAAGAUGGAACGUACACCAAAUACUUUGCCUCCAACCACCAGCCGUUGCAUCUGCUCCUUGGCAAACCAGUGUACAUUGAGCUGAAUUUGAAAACUCCAAAACCCUAUGCAGUAAUUCUCGUCAAUUACUGUCUGGCGUAUCCUCGGUCUGCAAAGAACGCACUUGUUCUAGUUUAUGACGGGUGUGCCAACCCCAAUGACCCUCAUGUGUCAAUCAUUAAAGUGAACAACCUGCCACAGAAUCGCCAUCAGAGGCGUUUUGUGGUCACAGCCUUCCAGUUGAUGGAUCAGCACACGCACAACUACCUAAAUGAAGAGAUCUACUUCAUGUGCUCCACAGAGGUCUGUAGGCCAGCAGAAAAGCUGUGCCGGGAGAGUUGCUUCGAUGGGACGGUGGGUAGAACAUAG